AUGAGUCUGGCCAGCUUCAAGCGUAAUGCUGUCGUGGGGCGCAGAAGCGGUGCCAUCAUGAGCAUGAGCCUGUGCGUGAGCGGUGCCACUGGGGAUCUGGAUGCGGCGUCUGCAGAGAACCAGGCCUUCCUGGACACCCGCACCUCGGAGAAGCAGGAGAUGAUCACCCUUAACGACCGUCUGACCAAGUACAUCGAGAAGGUGCACUCCCUGGAGUCUCAGAACAGGAGUCUGGAGGCGGAGAUCGAAGCGCUGCGCCGCGGUCCCUCAGGCCUGUGCAUGGUCUACGAGGAACGAAUGAGGGAGAUGAGGAGGGUGGCUGACCAGAUGAUGGCUCAGAGGGACCUGGCGGUUGCUGCUAAGGAUGCCAUGGGUGUCCAGGUGGAGAUGCUGAAGGCCAGGUACAGUGAGGCUCUGGAGGCCCACAAGAAGGCUGAGGCGGAAAUCGAAGCUAUCCGCCCCGAUGUGGAUGCUGCUACUGCUGGCCGCAUCGCCCUGGAGAAACAGCUGGAUAACCUGGAGCACCAACUGGAGUUCCUGCAGAGGGUCCACAAGCAGGAAAUCAACGAGCUAAUGGCUCAAAUCUACAGCUGGGUGGCUAAGGGGAAUAUGGCAUUUGCUGUCUCCCACGUCGGCUCUACAAGCAAGUACAUGGCCGCUCAGAAGUUACAGGAAAUGGAUGCAUCGUACAAGACUCAAUUCCAGGACAUGUCGCAGACGUCAACGAGACACUUGGAAUCUAUCUGCAGUGCCAGAGAGGAGAUCAGGGGGCUGAAGACAGAGAUUCGUAGUAAGGAGGGGGAGAUGAAUAGACUGAUGACCAGGAGCGAGGUUCUGGAGGCAAAGCUGCGUGAUGCUACCGAACGCUACAGGAACGAGGAAGAGACUCUCCAGGCCAGAAUUGAUACUUUCAAUCAGGAGCUGAGUGCCAUCAAGAGCAAGAUCACAGUGACGCUGAAGGAAUACGAAGACCUCCUGAAUGUUAAGAAGUCCUUGGAGAUGGAGAUCACAACCUACAGGAAACUGGUCGAGGGUGAGGACAGCCGCAUGAACAGCAUGGUGAGCUGCUUGCCCCUCAAGAUGGCAGGUGGCAUGAUGGCCAUAAUGGCAUAAUGUCAUGAUCCAGAGUGACACACAGGAACGAACCUUCAGAAUUUCUGGAGCCGUCACCGAUGAUGACCUUUGAGGAACAUACAAGUUACAAGUUGAAGAUGAGCAGGAAAUCUCUACUAGCUCUACCUGCUACAGAAACUGAGAAAUGAAGGUUUAAGUGUUGACAAUGUUGUUCGACUUUUUAGGAGCCUGUAUAAAAAUGCCACAUAUGCAGAACUGGCCUUUUUAGCAGGCACAUUCAAAUCAAAAUGGGUUAAACUAGACCUGCUUUCAUUUCCUCUCUCCUCCC